AUGGCAUAUAAACCCUUGGUGGCCGCGUUAUCGAACGGCCACGAGUCUGUUGUCAGGCUCUUGAUAGAACAUGGGGCGAGGUUGGAGAACGAGGAUGACGACAUCUACGUAGAGCAGCCAUUGCAUGCGGCCUUCAGAAGUGGAUACCCAUCUCUGGUGCGGCUCCUCUUGGAAAAUGGGUGCAAUCCACUCAAAUCUAAACCUGGUAGUAACGUAUACGAAUGUUCGGUGUGGAUGGCGGCUCUGGGCUCUGAGUGGAGGGGGGCUCAGAAUCGGGUCUUUAAGGAACGAUCGGGUCAUGACGUGCCAACAAUUCGUAUGCUUGUUGAUACGGGCAUCAAGCCGGAGUUCUCAGGUGAAGGAUAUCCGUACCAUCAUAGGCUGCUUGGCGCUCUUCAGAAAGGCAAUUUGGCUCGCUUCAAAUAUCUAUGCGCCCAUGGUGCUAAGCUCGAUAUCUGGCCCAAUCCCAUCGGGGAAAUCCCAAUGUGGCGCGGUCAGCAAGCUCUGUCCACGAUCAGCUACGUGUCAGCUGGGAAUCCCAAAGAAUCAGAAUGGCUUCUCGGAUUAAUUACCAUUGAUGAUAUCAUGGAGGCGAAAGACCCGCGUCAAAUGGACAGCCUCAUCCACGGUGCCAUAAGGGGCGGUGCAGAGGAUUUGCUCCGGCGCUGUUUGAAAGCCUAUCGGGAAUGGGAAUCAGGCAGGCCAACCGUUAAACAGGGAAUUUUGAAGGUCAAACUGACCCUUUGGCUGGAGUUAGCAGCAAAAGAGGGUCAUAUCAGCCUUGUGAAGCUGCUACUUGACCACGGGGCUAAUCCCCAUGGGCUGAGUUCUCUAUAUCCUGUCGAUGCCGCCCCAAUAUGUGCCGCAGCGAAAGGAAGAAACUUGGAAAUAGUCAACAUGCUUCUUGACCUAGGCGCAAAGCCAUCAAUCCCUGUCCAUCAUUAUUGUUUUCUAUCUUAUGCGAUCAAAUGUGGGCGAGAUUCGGAGGCAGGCUUCAAACUUGUUCAAUCACUGGUGAAGAGGAAUCUCAUCAUGCUAGAAGGAACCGACGCUCGACAAAUCCUUGUCCUGGCUAUGGAGGGAGGUGCGGAAAUAUUUCAGCUAAUACAACAACAUGUAGAUUGA